AGAAAAAAACAAUUCAAAAAGUGUUUAUUAUUUAUUCACAGUAAUUGUUUUUCCAAAAAAAAAAAAAAAAGACAAUGAGUUCGGGUUAGAACCCGGAAACCCGGGUGGAGGCAUGUCGGCAAUUAUUAACCAAACGACUAAACGAAGAUGACAGAUUACCGACUCACUCUGUUCCAUCUCCGAUCUCUUAAAUCUCUCCGAGGUCUCCGACUACCGGCAGCAAUGGCGAACGCUCUACGCUUUCUUUUGGCGGCAUUUCUCUUCGUCUAUGCUUCUGCUAACACUCAAAUAAAAGUAACUGACAACCCUGCUGAUAAGUUGGUGGCUGUUAUCAACACCAAUAGAACAGCACACAAGUCAUCAUCACUUGAUGACAAUGCUGGCCUGGCCUGCAUUGCUUUGCAGUAUAUAAAAGCAUACCAAGGUGACUGCAGUGCUGUGGGAGGGCCAAAUGCCAAGAAGCCUGCAGAUACAGAAUUUGCUGAAACUUUUGCCCCCAACUGUGGUGUUGAGGUCUCAAGUCUUUCUCCAAUCACUGGUCGUUUUCUUUUAUGUCAACCCAACUAUAUCCAUGCUCCUGAAGCAUUCUCAAUGCUGGUUGAUAGUAAUAAGAGCUUGGAGAUUCUCUACAACAAGAACCACACAGAAGUUGGGGCUGCUGUGACUGGCACAGAUGGGGGGUCUCCCUAUUUCUGGUGUGUGUUGUUCAGCAAUGGUAAGCCUAACAGCAGCUUUGUUUUUGAGGAUGGUGUGGCUAAGAUAUCAAAGCCUGGGUGCUUCAGUGGUGCUAAUGAUGUCUGCAGCCGAGCCAAUGAUUUGUCUCAACCUGGCCAUCUAUGGCUGUAUGUUGCUGCAGCCUUCAUUGCCAUGGGAUACAUCUUUGGUUUGUGAUUCUGAACUCAGUAAUACACUCUGUUUUCUACCAGAUUUUGGAACCGUUCUAUUGCCUCGAAUGAAAUGGCUUGGUCUUUGUCAGUAGUCUUUUCUGUUUACGACUGUUAUCAUUCUUUUGGAAUGUAAGUGUGUAGUUUAUUCCAUUCAUUUUCCUACUCAUUUCUUAUUCAUGUGUAAAAUCUUAUAUCAAACAUGUCCACUUGGGGGAACGUUAUGAUAAUUAUUUUUUCUCUUUCAUAUAAAAUUUGCUUCCUCAGGAAAUUCAUCAUCUUCAAUCAUGUAAUGCACUGCACACAGAUGAAAAAUGUAUUUGUAUUGCAGUAAGUUUCCUUGUGAUCUUCCAGCCUCUUUGUAUAUGCAACUUCUUAGCUAAAGAUUGGGAUAUACAAUAGUUUCUGUGAUUAAAUCCAAGUAAAUUGA